AUGAGUGACGAACAUCCAGAACAGCAGGGCAACCUGUUCAGUGCUCAAGACGUGGAGGAGCUCGGCGAUGACGACCAAUUGGACGAGGAAAUGGUCGAAGACGUGGGAAACAACCCUAACGAAGAGCAACAACAACAGGAACUAGAAGAAGACCCGGCCCUGGCAAAAAUGCCUCCCAUUUUGCCCCAAUUCCCUGACCUCACCAGAAGCGACAAGACGCUCGAAGAGGUGCUGCAAAUGAUGGACGACGAGGAGUUCACACCAAUCAUCCCAGACAGUGUCACGGACUACUAUCUAGCCAAAAACGGGUUCCAGACAUCGAACGUGAAAAUCAAAAGGCUUCUGGCGCUGGCGACACAGAAGUUUGUGAGCGACAUUGCUACGGACGCAUACGAGUACUCCAGAAUCAGAUCGAACACAGCUGUGUAUAACUCGUCCAAUCCGCACGUCAGGGCCCGUGCCCUGAUGAUGGCGACAUCGAACAUGGCCAAUGCGCCAGAUGAGUCGGUGGAGAACGGUGUUCAGGGAGCAUCUGGUUCUGCUGGCGAAGGCCAGUCCAGCACGGCAUUAGGUGGUGGCAGUCAACAGCACAACCAGAAAGUUACUCUGACGAUUGACGACCUCAGCAGCGCUUUGGACGAGUAUGGCCUCAACAUCAACAGACCGCAAUUUUACAGGUGA